AUGUCGAACAACCAGACUGUCAGCGACGUCGUCCUCGGAACAGCGUGGACGGUCACUCCAGGUGUCAUCGCCUCCACGGCUGUUGGCGCUCACGCCCGCUCAACCGUUCUCCACCGUGCGCUGUACUCUUUUGCUUCGGCUGGUAUCGGCGCAACGAGCACAUUCUCUUUCGACCUCUCGGACCCCGACACGCUCGAGAACACUUUGCAGCUGUGCUUCUUCCUGGCUGGCGGGGUCGUCCUCAUGCCCACACUCAACUCGUACUAUGGCCACGGGAUCCGAUUCGACAUCGACUUCCUCGAGAAGGGGAUCUUCGUCAUCUGCUUGGUGCUGUACAUCUGCUCCCGCAUCGCUGCAAUGGCUGCGUCGUAUGUCCUCUACAAGCAUCACGGUCACAUGGAGACAAAGGAAGACCGUGAGCGCUUUCAAGACCGUGCCAGUCGAGCCCUGCUGCCCGUCACUUUGUUCCUCUGGGCGUACCCUUUCUUUGGCGUGCUGCCCGGCAUGACUGCGCAGGAGGCGAAGCAGGCGGUCGUUGAGUACGUCUGCCCCAGCCCUCAGUCGUAA